GCACAAAAAACGACAUAACACACUAAAGGAAAGAGGAAAAGCACAAUAGGUCCUCUUUAAUAUUAUGCUGACAUUAUACUACUAUAUUAACAUUAUACUUUUUUUAUUUAAUGUUAUAAUAUUAUACUAAUUUGAAUGAUGUAGAUUGAGCCACAACCAGGAUGCUAGUGCCAUCCCAAAUUUGGAUUAUUUAAGAGGCUGAAGUCAGGCUGAGUUGCAUCAAAAAAAAAAGUGGUCUCCUGGAUUUGAAUACUCCACUUACGUAUGAAGUGCUGCAACCAGCAGAUAUACAGCAUGUAGAUAUGAAUGAAUGGAAUGUUUAAUCUGACUUUAGGCCACCUACAUUGACAUUCUACACAGUGCUACUACAAGCCCAGCCCCUCAAGCCUGAGAAUGAAACUGAUUGCAUCAACAUUGACUCUCUAACCUCUGUCCUGUGAUAAGGUGUGCACUGCUGUAUUCUGCGUCUCAGGUUUCAAGAGUGUUCCUGCAUCCUGUAGUUGUUUUUUCUCCACAAAGCAGAGUCGGCGUGGAUGGACACAUACAGCACAGCUGUGACAGGUAGAACGAAUUGACGGUGUUGCAUUUGGAGCGACAAAGAAAAGACUUAUGAAGAAUGAACAACAGCCACCACCAGGAAACGUCACCAGACAUACAGGAAACCCAGUUUGGGAGUCCUGCCCUGUCCAAACAGAGGAGGGUCAUCCACUUCUCCAGCGGCGAAACCCUGGAGGAGGAAGACAGCGAAGAGGAGGAGGAAGAGGAGCAGUCGUCAAACAGGCCUCCCUUCAGAGAACCUGCAGAGAAGACUAGGUUGUCCUUCAAGAGUGUGGCCUUUCUACUUGGGAGGAUUUCACUGCUGACUUGCGAUUUCCUUGGCGAGAGACUAGCCGGUGCCCUAGGACUGAACGCAGCCAAGUACCAGUAUGCCAUAGAUCAACAUCAUCGGGACCACAAGACAACAAGCAGCCGAGCCACAGACGACCUCACGGGAGGACAGGCAGAGUCGAUCCACCUCUCUCCUGGACCGGACGGGAGUCAUUACGGAGCUGCAGGAGGAUCACGAUGCCCUGCUGGUUCCCAGGAGAGCUGUAAUGAUGAGAAACAUAUGGACAGAAGUGAGGGACGUUACAACAGAGCCUAUCAAGCAGAUGAGGACUACUUUAAAUAAAACAACAACAAAAAAAGAUGAAAAGCAAAGGAAUGUG